GCUACCGUUAACAUUUGGAAGAUCUUCUGUAAUAGCGGUGUGCCUUUCAAAUAUAACCACAUUCAAUAUCUAUCACACGCAACUCAUGAAGAAGUCCUUGGCCCUUUGUUCAAAAUACUAUAUAUCACUUCGAAGUCAGAUCACAAAAUCCUCGAAUUAGACGAUCAAAAUGAAGAAUUAAUCACGUGGCUCGAAGUCCUUAGUAAUCUAAAUGACCACUUAACAAAUGAGUUUAAGCAUCAUUUGAGAGCAUUCAUGGAUAAAAUUGACGCAUCUCAAUUUAAGAACAAUAAGAGAAGACCAAUUGAUAAAAGCAGAGGAAUAGUGUACUCGUCAAUAAUUCCAAUAGGACUAAUUUUCAUGCUUAAUAAAACUAAGAAAAAUUUUAUAGACCAGAAAUUCCUCAAUAUCCCAUGGAAUAAUUUAACUCUUAUUCCCGGAUUGACCUUAUUUUCUAAGGAAGAUAACAAGGAACUUCGCCUGUUCUUUCGUAAUCAACAAACUCCAGCUACGAGAUUAAAGAAUUCAUUGGUUCUUAAAAUGAGAUCUCUCGAAGAAAAACUUCAACAGGCUAUCUUUAUUUUAUUAACUGAUAUGCCAAAUGAAUACACUCUUAAGGAUGGCCAUUAA